GCGCGGAGCCGGGCCGGCGGGACUGCAAAAUGGGCUGAGACUUCCGCUGCUGACCGGACGAGGUCGACUGCGGGGCAAGGGGCGCAACACUGGUCCGAGACCCUAAGACGUCUGGUUUGAGGAACCGAAGAAUCCGGGCUUGAAAAUGGAGAUGUAUGAAACCCUCGGAAAAGUGGGAGAGGGAAGUUAUGGAACAGUCAUGAAGUGUAAACAUAAGGAUACUGGGCAGAUAGUGGCCAUUAAGAUAUUUUAUGAGAAACCAGAAAAAUCUGUCAACAAAAUUGCAACGAGAGAAAUAAAGUUUUUAAAGCAAUUUCGUCAUGAAAACCUGGUCAAUCUGAUUGAAGUUUUUAGGCAGAAAAAGAAAAUUCAUUUGGUGUUUGAAUUUAUUGACCACACAGUAUUAGAUGAGUUACAACAUUAUUGUCACGGACUAGAGAGUAAACGACUUAGAAAAUACCUCUUCCAGAUCCUUCGAGCAAUUGAGUAUCUUCAUAAUAAUAAUAUCAUUCAUCGAGAUAUAAAACCUGAGAAUAUUUUAGUAUCCCAGUCAGGAAUUACUAAGCUCUGUGAUUUUGGUUUUGCACGAACUCUAGCAGCUCCGGGGGACAUUUAUACGGAUUAUGUGGCCACACGCUGGUAUAGAGCUCCAGAAUUAGUACUAAAAGAUACCUCUUAUGGAAAACCUGUAGAUAUCUGGGCUUUGGGUUGUAUGAUCAUUGAGAUGGCCACUGGAAAUCCCUAUCUUCCUAGCAGCUCUGAUUUGGAUUUACUUCAUAAAAUUGUUUUAAAAGUAGGCAAUUUGACACCUCACUUACAGAAUAUAUUUUCCAAGAGUCCCAUUUUUGCUGGGGUGGUCCUUCCGCAAGUUCAACACCCCAAAAAUGCAAGAAAAAAAUACCCAAAGCUAAAUGGAUUGUUGGCAGAUAUAGUUGAUGCUUGUUUACAAAUUGAUCCUGCUGAGAGGACAUCAUCUACUGAUCUUUUGCAUCAUGAGUAUUUUACUAGAGAUGGAUUUAUUGAAAAAUUCAUACCAGAACUGAGAGCUAAAUUACUGCAAGAAGCAAAAGUCAAUUCAUUCAUAAAGCCAAAAGAGAAUUCUAAAGAAAAUGAACUUAUGAAAGAUGAAAGAAAAACAACGUAUACCAAUACACUGCUAAGUACUCCAGUUUUGGGAAAGGAAGUAGAAAAAGAGAAAAAGCCCAAGGAGAUCAAAGUCAGAGUUAUUAAAGUCAAAGGAGGAAAAGGAGAUAUCUUAGAACCAAAAAAGAUAGAGUGUGAAGGGGGACAUUGUCAACAGGAUGCAGUUGAAAACGCUCAUACUAUGUCUCAAGAUACAAAGCCUGUAAUCAAUGAACCGCCAAACUCUGUCAAUCCCAGCACUAAUUCUAAUGGCAUGAAAGAUGAUCCACACACUGGAGGUAGUAUGAUAAUGCCACCCAUCAAUCUAACUAGCAAUAAUUUGCUGGCUUCAAAUCCCAAUUCAAGGUUGACUGAACGAGCAAAAAAGAGACGUACUUCUUCACACUCUAUUGGACAGGUUAUGUCUAAUAGCAGGCAAGAGGAUGCAGGUCCCACUCAAAGCCAAAUGGAGAAGAGUAUAUUUGAUGAGCGAACAGGUCAAAGUGACCAAAUGGCAAAUGGAAACAAAAGGAAGCUGAAUUUUUCCAGAUCUGACAGGAAGGAAUUCCAUUUCCCAGAACUGCCUUUCACAGUACAGUCCAAGGAGGUGAAAGGAAUGGAAGUUAAACAGAUAAAAGUGCUGAAGAGGGAAUCAAAGAAAACAGAUUCAUCUAAGAUACCAACUUUACUUAAUGUGGAUCAAAAUCAAGAAAAACAAGAGAAUACAGGAAGUGCACAAACUGAAAGGAAGAAGAACCUGCCAGAUGUAGAGUAG